AUGGACAACACAUCUAGUCAACGUGGCCCAACAUCCCGGCUUGCCCACUGGGCUGCCGCCGUUCCCCGAGAGCGUACUCUCGCUGCUAGAGUCGAAGCUCAGAGGGGCAUCAAAGACUUGAUGGGCUACCUCAUCGGUGGUGCCAUCGAACGCGCCCCCAAAACCGUCGCCAAGGUCGCCACAUCAACGAGCGGCCAGGGGCUAUGCACCAUCGUCGACCAGACGCAGAAAGUGCCAGCCCAGGCUGCGGCAUAUGCGAAUGGCACUGCUGCCCACAUCCUCGACUUUGACGAUUCCUUCCGGCCACUGACCGGCCAUCCGUCUUGCACCAUUGUUCCAGCCAUCCUUGCUGUAGCCGAGGAGAGGGGCAGCUCCGGCGACGACGUACUGGACGCAUACGUCGUCGGUAUUGAGAUCGCAGCUUGCCUGGGGCGUGCUGCCCCCAAGCAUCACGACUGCGGAUGGCAUGGCACUGCUACCGUGGGAGUCAUAUCCUCUGCCGUUGCUUGCGCGAGGCUCAUGAAGCUCGACGCUGCUGGCAUCACCAACGCCAUCAGCAUGGCCUUCAGCGCCUCUAGCGGGGGCCGCAUCCAGAUUGGCUACGAUAUUAAAAGCAUGCAGCCAGGAGCGGCAGCACGAGAUGCUGUUAUGGCUGCUACUAUGGCCGCUGCUGGCAUCGUCGGCUGUUCCGAGGUCUUGACUGGUCCCUGGGGGUGGUCCAAGGUGUACUCCAACGUUGACGGCGAUGGGAGCGAAUACACAAUGCCCGACCUCGCCGUCGGCGAGCCUCUUGCUAUCCAGGACCCAGGGAUCACUUACAAGCCAUACCCAACCUGCGGCAGCACGCAUCGAACCCUCAAUGCCGUACUAGAGCUCGACAAGAGACGGCCAGUGUCCAAAGCCUAUGUCGCCGCUCUUGAAGACCGUCUAGCUUGGUUAGAAAAGAAACUGGCAGAAAAGGACCGGGAACGAUGUGCCGAUGAUGCACAUGUCGUCGCAGGCUCAUCAGAUGUCUCGAGCUUACAAGUUGAGGAAGACCAGUCGCCGUUACCCUCGGACGCGAGCGAUACGAUUCACCGGCAGUCUUCUUGCGAGCCUGCCGAACGCCUCCAAAUUGACAACGAGACGGGUGAGAUCCGAGAAUACGGGCCGACAUCCAUGUUCAAGCACCUGCCAGCCGCCCCAGCCUCACCUACAUGCAUGGAGAAGUCCAGCUUAGGCCCCUACUGUGCAUCUACUAGUACCCAAUACUCCUUUGCACUUGGCACUCUUGACGAAUUCUCUUGCGGAGAAGCACUUCGACUGUUCUUCGCGUUCUUCAACCCGUGGUGCAUGUGGGUGGAUGAAGCACGCUUCCGGCAAGACAUGGAUCGUGACGGUGGCAGACAAGGAACAAUCGCAAACCGGCAUACUCGAACAGCAUUCUAUAGCCCCAUGUUGCAUCUCUCAAUGCUUGCUAUUGGAUUCAUGUACUUGGAGAAGCUAAGCUAUGCCGAGAAAAUAGCAAUCUCGGACAGCUUGGCUCAAGCGGUAGCCCAAUUCUUCCAAGAAGAGGUUGAGGCCGCCCGCCUGAGCGCCGUAAUCGGUCUCAUGCUACUUGGAUCUCACCAUGCCGGCCAUGCGCGGCAGAGUUUGGGAUACAUCUAUUCUGGCACCGGCCUACGACUAAGUCGCAUCCAGAAAGGUCUCAUUGCGGCGGAAAUGAAGCGCUCGCGCGAUCGAGUCUGGCAUUGCGCGUAUAUCCAGGAUAAGCUUUGGUCGACGUAUGUUGGGAGAGCUCCAGCCCCAAGUCUCCGCCAUUAUCGAAUGCCGUUUCCAGACGUGAGCGAAGAGGAAGAUGCUGUCGGCUGGAUCGGACACAAUAGGGAAGGCCAAGAUGUCAUAGUGCCUUCAUGGCAGUCGUCGACCACAGUCUGGACAAGUAAACUUGCUAGGGUUAUUGAACUUCUCUUGGAGAACGUUGUCCUUCUUGAAAAGUGGUACGCAGAGCUGCCAGAACCGCUCCGCAUGACUCCCAGCAUGCUUCGCGGUGACGUCUCAGAUGUAUCACUGCUGCCGCAUAUAGCAGAGCUAUUUGAUGAGCGAUUUGGCCUCAGCUGUGUCCCAAUCUCCAGCACCCAAUUCAUCUUCACUGCCGGAACCAUCCAUCUACGCAGUGUAGCUCGUAGCAAAAAUCCCGAGUCCAAGCUCGAGGCAGUGUCAAAAUGCAUUACUGCCCUCUAUGGAAUGGGCCAAACCUGGAAGUGUGCCGCAUUGAGCGGCGACGCACUCCAGCGUCUGCUAGAAGAUUGGCAGGCGAAGUCAGCAAAGUCAGCAACGCAUGGUCAAAGGACGAGAAUGCCUUCAGAGGGAAUAGGAAACUCGCCUACGAGCAUUCAAUCAGUCGACAUACAACAUAUUCUUCGAAAAGAUCCCGACGUCGCCGCCCAAUUAAGGCGGCUUGGAUGGAUGCCUCCAGAAGAGGUCCAUGUCUCCCUACAAGGCUUUCAUAACCCGGACUUUGAGACGCUGUUGACAGGAAUGGAUUCACAGAAUACGCUAGGCAUGGGUAUCAACGGCGGCACGCGCUCUGACCUCUUGAUAACAGAUGGCUCGAUGGCCGACAUGUCGUGGAUGGCACAGGGUCCUGGCUGGAUGUACUUUCCGAGUACUGACGGCCUGCCCCAAUUCCAGCAUUCUUUGUUUGAUAUGGUACAGUCAAGCGACCGGCCAGUGCCAGAGAGCUGGGCGAGUGAAUCUCCAAUGAGAACAGAUACGAGUGCAGGAUGCCCUCAGGGAUGGAAUGAAGCUAUGCAUACUGCGCAAAAUAUUUAA